GGGCUCCCGCUGCCCUCACCCGCGGGAAGCGGCCAGUCCCCGGCUGACGUCCAGGCACAGGGACCAGCAUGUCUACAACACCUCAUCCUGGUUGCCGCGGGGACCUGCCGUUCAAAUACCACAGACUCUGUGAUAGAAAUGUGAUUUGGGGCAUUGUCCUAGAAGCCCUGGCUGGGCUCGGGGCCGUGACCUCCCUCACCUUCAUGUUGGCUCUGCUGGUCCUCAUCGGCAAGGUGCAGGACUCCAACAAACGGAAAGUGCUCCCGACCCAGUUCCUCUUCCUCCUGGGGGUGCUGGGGGUCUUCGGCCUCACCUUUGCCUUCAUCAUCACACUGGACAAGGAGACGGGGCCCACACGCUUCUUCCUCUUUGGCAUCCUCUUUGCCCUCUGCUUCUCCUGCCUCCUGGCUCACGCUCUCCACCUGACAAGGCUGGUCCAAGGGAGGAAGCCCCUCUCCAUGCUGAUGAUUCUAGGCACGGCCGUGGGCUUCAGCUUGGUUCAGGAUGUCAUCGCUGUGGAAUACCUUGUGCUCACGAUGAACAGGACCAACACCGCCGUCUUUUCUGAGCUUCCUUUCUCUCGUCGCAACGAGGACUUUGUCAUGCUGCUCAUCUACGUGCUCACCCUGAUGGCACUGACCUUCCUCAUGGCUUCCUUCACCUUCUGUGGGUCCUUCACCGGCUGGAAGAGAAACGGGGCACACAUCUUCCUCACCAUGCUCCUGUCCAUUGCCCUCUGGGUGGCAUGGAUCACCCUGCUCUUGUAUCGUGUCCCUGGCAACAGUUGGGAUGAUACCAUCCUCGGCUCAGCCUUGGUUGCCAAUGGCUGGGUCUUCCUGUUGACAUACGUUGUGCCUGAGUUCUGUCUGCUCACCCGCCAACGGAACCCCAUGGAUUACCCUGUGGAGGAUGCUUUUUGCAAACCUCGGCUCAUGAAGCACAGCACCGGUGUGGAGAACAGAGCCUACUCUCAAGAGGAAAUCAGUCAAGGCCAGGAAGAGAUAGGCGAUGUACUUUACGCCCCAUAUUCCACCCACUUCCAGCUGCAGAAUCGCACUCUGCCCAAAGAUUUCUCCAUCCCACGGGCUCAGACGCGGGCCAGCCCGUACAAUGACUAUGAAGGCAGGAAAGAGGGCAGCUAACCCGCCGUCCGUCCGUCUGUCCGUCCGUCCGGAAGCUGGGACCACUGCAGUGAAGCCGCAGAGCCCGCAGGGAGUGCCAGUGGAUCUGGGCACAGUCCAGGGCCUUCUAAGAACGGGCUGUGACCGACCGACCGACCGACCGACCGCUCACGAACCAAAGAGCUCGCGCCCCUCCCAGCCUGACCACUGCUGUUCUGCGCGGAAGGGUGUGGGGGUCAGUAGCAUUGUGGCAUUUUCUUUGGGCACGCACUCAGGCUAUGUCAUUGGAGGGGGGGUGAGGGUGGCUCUCUGGCAACUCAGGGUCAUCAUCGUACGAUCCCCCGUCAUUUUACGUGUGACUAAAGUUUGGUCAUCGGACCCCCAUGUUGACCCUUUCGUCUUCUGGUGCCCAUUCAUCUAACUCACGGCUGGUUUGGGAGCACCACUUGGCCCAGAGGAGGACUGUAAAUCCGAGCACAAACAGCCAAAGCCGCCCCGGCCUCACCCUGUCUAAGCCGGCGCUGGAAACACUUCUUACCUGAGCAGGAGAGGCUCAGGGUCACCCUGACUACUCAUCUUGGGGGGGUGCCCUGUCACAGGCCACUUCUCCUGUGCCCUCCCCAAACUGCUGUUAAUCCCUCGACCUGUUCCAGAACGCUUCAUCCAGAGUUCCUCCGGACCACACUGUCCCCUGCAGGCCCAUGCCGCCCUCCCCAGGAGCCGGUGUGCGGGUGCUUCUGGCUGUAAAUUCCUGGCACUGGAUCCUCUCCCACCCCUGGCUCCUCGGCUUGCUGUAAAUAGAUUUACACUGUGC